AUGUUUAACUUAUUCAAGUACAAGAAGUCACAAAGUCCAAGACCAGUCAAAAAAAGAAGAGCCAUCAGCUCAGUGCAGUCUUACAAAAGAAUCCUUGAUUGAGGCCGAUCUGCUUCUCCAGGGGCUAUAAAAACCUUACAAGAGGGAGCUGUCAUGAUAAAACAUCCAUCAAGCCAUGAAUUCCGAACUAGAAAAAAGCACCUGGAAAAGGCUGGAAAUAUGUAUAUUAGGAAAUAUAUGAAAAGCGCAGAAAGAGCCCAACGCUGCUCUGACGAGUUUAAAAGCUCCCACCUGGAAACGGAUAAAUACAACAAUCAUUCGCCUCACAACAGCAGCGAUUGAAUGAGGCCAACUGAAGUGAAGCGUAAGGUCAAGGUUUUUAAGCGAGAAAUAAGAGUUCCUGACUUAUUUGAUUAUGAAGCUCUUGAUGUAAAUAAAUUUCACUUGCCGAAAUGAAGGGAAGAUAAUAAAAGCCCUUCUACACUGAAUAUAAAGGUUGAUAAUGGCUCAGCAUGGAAGAGGAUGGACUCUUAUGUGUAUGGAGAGCCUUAUGUGGAAGGCUAUGAAAAACUAGGAGAUUUAACAAGAAAAAGAAACAAGACGAGGGAAUGCUCAGGAAAAGAGUUUAGGGUGUCACGAUAUGUAGAUACCUCUACUAAUUUUGACUCAAUAAGGUCUUAUUUGGAGACACAAUAUACAGAUUUAUUGUCACAGAAAAGUUACCCGACCAGCUAUAAAAGCUUUUUUAAAUAA